AUGGAGUUGACAAGACCUGGCUAUGCCGUAAUUUAUGUCAUUCUACUUUGCGCCUUGGCACAAGGGGGCUCAGAGGGGAAGAGGGGCGAGGACGAUGAUUUUUCUCCAUCAUCGUUACUUGUACACACAACACAACAGGCCGAGAUAGUGCCAAAACAUAGAAAAGAAUUGACAAAGAACAUUGAAGCCAAAGAGUUGGACUUACAUGCAAAAGAAGAGAGCAAUGACAUUAGGCCAAUACUUUUCAGAGAAAACAACACACACAAAGCAACCAAAUCAAACCAAACUAUUGAUCCACCAACACCACAACCACAGUCACCGCCACCGCGACGAUCUCAUCGACUCGUUGCCGCUUCUAGAUCUCUAACAGAGAGUAGUGAUCCUGUAACUUCUCCUCCACCUAAUAAAAAUGAAGAUGACAAACAACCAAAAACGACGGUUCAUGGUGCUGCUGCUGUAUCAGGAAUUCUAAUGGCACUUGGGGUGUCCUUUUGCUAUAGACAGGUCAAAACCAACAAAGAGGAAAAAGAAGAUAUACUAAUAUUAACCUCAAAGGAUUAUGCUGGCGGUUCACCAAAGAUUGUUCGUUUGGGAGAUAAUACUGAACUUAACAAGCAUAAUAAGGAAGAAGAAUCUGGUACAGAUAACAAUGAAAAGAAAACUUCUGAUGAUGAUGCUAUAAGUGGCUCAAUUGAUAAUAAGAAUGAAGUUUGCACCAGGCCCACCACAACCACCACCACCGCCACCAUCUCCACUCCAAGGCUACCCGGUCUGGGCCCUCGGGCGCCACCGCCGCCGCCUUUAAGAGGAGGGCGAGGAACAAGUCAUCCUCCACCUGUUCCUUCAAGACCAUUGUCUAAAAGAUUUAGAAAUGUUGCUAGAGUAGAUAGCUUUACUGAGGCCCCUGAUCCUGCAAAGCCUAAACUAAAGCCAUUUUUCUGGGACAAGGUUAAUGCAAAAUCUGAUCAAGCAAUGGUGUGGCACGAAAUCAGCGGAGGUUCAUUCGUAUUCAAUGAGGAACAGAUGGAGUUUUUAUUUGGUUGCACAAACCAUAACAAAAAUGAACGCAAAAAGGAUUCACCACAAAUUGAUUCAGCACAGCUUGUUCAGAUUAUUGACAAGAAAAAAGCACAGAAUUUGUCAAUUCUUUUGAAAGCUUUGAAUGUGACAACAGAGGAAGUUGUUGAUGCCAUUAAAGAAGGUAAUGAGCUUCCUAUUGAGCUCAUGCAGACACUGGUGAAGAUGGCUCCGACAUCCGACGAAGAAUUGAAGCUUAGGUUAUAUACAGGACCCCUUUCUGAUCUUGGCCCUGCAGAGAAGUUUCUCAAAGUCUUGGUAGAUAUUCCAUUUGCUUUCAGACGCAUUGAAUGUUUGAUUUUCAUGUGUACCCUUCAAGAAGAGUCCUCAACUAUGAGGGAGUAUUUCACAACAUUAGAGGUUGCUUGCAAGAAACUUGUAAAAAGUAGGCUAUUCUUGAAGCUUCUAGAAGCAGUUCUUAAAACCGGCAACCGAAUGAACGACGGAACAUACCGCGGCGGCGCGCAAGCAUUCAAGCUGGACACACUCUUGAAGCUAUCAGACGUGAAAGGAACAGAUGGGAAGACGACGCUGCUGCACUUCGUUGUUCAAGAAAUCAUUCGAUCCGAGGGAGUUAGAGCUCUAAGAACGGCGAAAGAAAGCGGAAGCAUGCCAAACUUGGAAACAGAGGAUUCUUCUGAAGAAAACUACCGAAGCCUCGGCAUUGAAGUAGUUUCAGGCCUAAGCGCUGAGCUAUUGGACGUGAGAAUGGCGGCGUUAAUAGACGGCGAUUUGAUCAGUUCUACGGUGGCGAAACUCAGCCACUCGCUUUCCAAGACUCGAGAGUUUCUUGACACCGAGAUGAAGAACGUUCAAGAAGACGGCGAGUUCCGAUCUUGCAUGGAGGGAUUUCUGGAGAAGGCGACAUCGGAAGUGGCUUGGUUGAUUGAGGAGGAGAAGAGGAUAACGGAACUUGUUAAGGGAACUGCAGAUUAUUUUCACGGUAAUUCAGGGAAAGAAGAAGGGCUUAGAUUGUUCGCCGUUGUCCGCGAUUUCUUGUUCAUAUUGGAUAAGGUGUGCAAGGAGGUGAAGGAAACAAACAUUAAAGAGGCAAAGAUUAAUGCUGCUUCAAAGAAUUAUAAUAAUAACAAUAAUAAUCAUAAUGAUAAUAACAAUAAUAAUAGUAAUGUUAAAGAGUCUUCACCGUCAGUGACGCCGUCUUCUACCACGGAAGCUCAACAGCAAAAUUCAGGGCCUUCUGAACUUCAUAGGAGAUUGUUUCCUGCUAUUGUCCAGAGGAGAGUGGAUGAUGAUUCUAGCUCUGAUGAUGACUACGACGAUGACGACGAUAAUAACAAAAUUUCUCCAUAACUUUGGUGUGUAUCUAGUUAUAUAUAUGUACAGGUGCAACUGGUUUUGGUUUGAAAGUGGAUUGUGCUACUUUCUGUCAAGAACUAUCUCUCCCAAAAUUUUAACUAGAAGUGGGUUUUAUAUCUGAUACAAUUCUUCAUGCAAGAGCUUCUUUGCUUGAAACAUGAACAAUGCACAGGUCCAUUCAUAUCUCUGCUGAUAUUCUUUUAUUUAUUUAUUUAACUUAAAAGAAUGAGAAUGGUAAAGAUCAAAUUCUAGAUCUUUUGGUGAUAAAGACUUUAAUAUCAAUUAUGUACCUCUUACUAAUAGUUAAGCUUUGGGAGAGAUAGUUCUUGAUGAUGUUUUUGUUUUUUUUUUCUUUUUUAUUUUUGACCGAGAGUUGUUUAGAGUGUGUUUGAUAUGAAGAUGAGAAUAGGAAGGAAAUUUUCAUAAACUAGAUAUAAUCGAUGAAAUUUCAACCCCAUUU